AUAUUGUUUAGAUGGGAGGAGGAGUUCCUUAUGAGACUUAAACCUGCAGAACACAAGAUAGUACUAGAGGUUUUCGACGAGAACAGGUUGACGAGAGACGAUUUCUUGGGACGAGUUGAGUUGGAUCGUCUUGGCAGUGCAGGAGGAAUACCACGUGAGCAGGCGGGCAGAACUAUUCAAAAUAAGUCAUAUAUUCUUCAACCUAGAAGCGCAAGAUCUAAGGUUCGAGGGAACCUUCUCCUUUACCUGGGAUUCAUAGCAGAGUCCUCACCACCAGAGGAGGGUGAGGAGACCGAUGCCGAGCAGAUUCCUGAUACAGAGCCAGGUUGGGAGAUGUUGGAGGGGGCAGUUGGUGGGGCGGAGAGAGGGGCGGAAGGAACACCCGCAGCGGAGACGCAACCAGGCCAGUCAGUGGAGACAGGGGCGGAGCCGGAUGAAGGAGAUAGUCAAAAUGUACCCCUACCGGCUGGCUGGGAAGAAAGACAGGAUGCUAACGGUAGAACCUACUACGUCAAUCAUAUCGCUAGAACUACACAAUGGCAGAGACCUGGGACAGGGGAGGAGGAGAUCAGUUAUAUAACAGCGUCUGGUGAAACUCAAACCCAGGAGGAAAGAGACUGCAGUACACGGAGUAAUCAAUUCAACAGGUUUCCGCCAAUUUUCUCGUAUUUUUUAUCUGAGAGCUCUGCUGUUAUUGAUCAGAUGCACAAUCUUAUUAUUCAAGGAGAAGAUAGACCACAGGGUGGUACUAGGUCAAGCUAUAAUGAUAACGAUAACGAUAUUCUAGCACCAGCUGCCCCGGUCAAAUCUGUGAGUGAUGAGGGCCUCCCUUCAGGCUGGACUUUACAGGUUGCGCCGAACGGCCGCGUGUUCUUUAUCGAUCAUAUCUCGAAGAAGACGACCUGGGUGGAUCCGCGCACAGCUCGUCCUUCUCCUCUGCCUAGUCAAACUAACGUGCCCAACAGGGGGAAUAUAUUUUUUUUGAGAAAUUGUACACCUUCCCUUAGUGAAUUUUAUUAUAUUAUAUCUUAUCAUAACAAAGUCCGGACAUCAGUCUCUAAUAUUGUGGUGAAUAAAGUUGAUUGUAUUUGUGGGAGCAGGAUCUUCUUUAUUGAUCAUAACACACGGAUAACCCAGUGGGAGGAUCCCAGGAUAUCCAAUCCUCAGAUAGCUGGACAGGGAUUCGCCAGAUCGAGGCAUAUCGGCCACGCCCCUAUUCUCCACACUUUUAGAACGUUCGGCUCUAACCUGGGAACUCAUAUAUUUAUCUGUAACAGAUAUAAUAUAGACUCACUUUCCUGCAACUCUCAGAUAAAGAGAGGUUCAAUUCUAGAGGAUUCUUAUAGACAGAUCCACAACAUUCCAGCUAAUAAGGUUGAUACGUUAAAAACAAAGCUUUGGAUUGAAUUUGACGGUGAAGUUGGGCUGGACUAUGGUGGAGUAGCCAGGGAAUGGUUCUAUCUGUUGUCUAAGGAAAUGUUUAACCCCUACUACGGAUUGUUUGAGUAUAGUGCUACGGAUAAUUACACUCUACAGAUAAACCCAAACAGUGGUGUUUGUAAUGAGGAUCAUCUAUCCUACUUCAAGUUUAUCGGCCGUGUUGCCGGUAUGGCCGUUUUUCAUGGUAAACUUCUGGACGGGUUUUUCAUCCGGCCCUUCUACAAGAUGAUGCUGGGCAAAUCCAUAGAGUUAAAGGACAUGGAGUCCGUGGAUACUGAAUACCACAACUCCCUUCGCUGGAUUAAGGAAAAUGACCCCGCUGAGCUUGAACUAGCUUUUCAGAUUGACGAGGAGAACUUUGGACAAACAGUUUCUAUAGAGUUGAGACCUGGAGGCAAGGAUACUAGGGUUACUGAUGAGAAUAAAGAUGAAUAUAUCCAGAGAGUUAUUGAAUGGAGAUUUAUUAAUAGAGUCAAGAAACAGAUGGAUCAGUUCUUGUCUGGGUUUAAUGAAUNAAUUCUAGGAAGUAUAGAUGUGAAGGAUUGGAAGCAUAACACCGUCUACAAGGGUGACUACCAUCCCAACCAUAUUGUUAUUCAAUGGUUCUGGAGAGUUGUACUGUCCUUCAGCAACGAGAUGAGGUGGGAAUUUUUUUAGCGGAUUUAUGGAAGA